AUGCAUAAACUCCGGAAGGUUUGCCGAGGCAGCGGGCGAGUCCUGGCUUUGAUCUUCGCAGCCUCGGUCGUUUGGCUGAUCUUUGACAUGGCAGCCCUCAAGUUGUCCUUCGGCGAGAGCGGCGCCAAAGCGCUGCAAGGGGAGACGGGCGGGAAGGAAAGGGGGCGACGGCGAGUUUGGCGCAACUCCGAGGAUGGCCUGGGGAGGUGGUCCCGAGAGGAGACCGAGGUCUCUCCGCCGGAACAAGACGGGAAGCCCUCUAGGAACAGCGAGGAUGCUGGCCGGGACGCGGAGGGGAGAAGGCAGCGCUUAUCCCCCGGCGCGACCCCGGCCAAAGCAGCGCCCGGGAAAAUACCCGGCCUGCGUGACAUACUCCCACUGAAACGGCGACGGCCGCCGGCUGAACCUUCCCAUCCCGCGGGAAAGAAAGUCAAUGGGGCGGCCGCCACCAGCCACCCCCGGCAGACCACGCCAGCUCUGGCCCGGUGGGACCAGGAGCCCCACUCAGUAGUUGCUGAAGGGCGAGCGCCUGUCAGCCCAACUCUUCCGAAGGGAGCCCCUCAGAAGGCGCCCGCUCAGAGGACCGCGGGAGGAGCGGAGGUGUUGCUGCACAUGGAGUUCACAGAUAAAGGGGCUUUGGCUGGGUUAAAACGUGGCGUCCCCACUGGAAGCAAGCCUGGGGAAUGGCAGGGUCUUCCCAAAGCCAACAGGACCGGGGGGCUGCUAAGAAUGGUAGCGGCUCCCGAGGUCACAGGAAGGUGGGGUUUACCUGCUGGCAAGCUGAAUACCUCAACAGCAGAGAAGCAGGAAGUCUCUCUGAAUAAAAGAGCUCCAGGAAACCUGCCAAAUAGGAAGGAUGCAAAACUACCUCCGGCAAAGGAUGCUCUUUCGGAAAACCAACAGGUCUUUAUAACCAAGGAGCUGGUCCCUAUGGUUUUUCCAACAAGUCAGCAUCUCCAAGCCAGCACCAAAGGAUUUAGAUCGAUGGGAAAGUCUAUACAGCUGCCAGGUGAGAAAAGCAGUAAUAAGCGGAAAGCCACCAAUGCAACCCAAAUAGGUGGCCUAAUUAAAGCCGUGACCACGGAGGGGAUCCUUGCCAGAGGAGGAGCACUGGGGAAGGUUGACAAAGGCCAUUUAGCAGGCGAAGAGCAAUUCCCCAAACCUAAUCAGAGCAAUGUGAAUUUCGCAGGAAAAAAUCGGCUCCAUAAAGUGUUAACGAUUGAUAGGACCCUGACCCCAAGAGACCCCAGAGCGCCCGGUCAAUUUGGACGCCCUGCUGAAGUCCCAGGUGAGAAGGAGGAAGAAGCCAAAAGGAGAUGGAAUGAAGGGAAUUUCAAUGUCUACCUCAGUGACUUAAUCCCAGUUGAUCGUGCCAUUGAUGACACAAGGCCUGCUGGAUGUUCAGAUCUUCUUGUCCACAAUGACCUUCCCACCACUAGCAUUAUCAUGUGCUUUGUUGAUGAAGUGUGGUCCACUCUCCUGCGUUCUGUCCACAGUAUCCUCAACCGGUCCCCCCUUGAAUUGAUUAAAGAAGUUAUUUUGGUGGAUGAUUUUAGCACAAGAGCUUACCUGAAGGACAAAUUAGACAAAUACAUGGCACAGUUUCCAAAGGUCCGUAUCCUUCAUCUGAAAGAAAGGCAUGGCUUAAUACGAGCAAGACUAGCUGGAGCAGAGAUCGCCAAAGGUGAUGUCCUGACCUUCUUAGAUUCUCAUGUAGAAUGCAACGUGGGGUGGUUGGAACCUCUACUGGACAGAAUUCAUUUACAUAGAAAAAAAGUUGCUUGUCCUGUUAUUGAAGUGAUUAGUGACAAAGAUAUGAGUUACAUGACCGUGGAUAGCUUUCAGCGCGGUGUUUUUACAUGGCCAAUGAAUUUUGGGUGGAAACCAAUUCCUUCGGAUGUAAUUAAAAAAAAUAAGAUUAAGGAAACUGAUAUAAUUAGGUGUCCUGUAAUGGCAGGUGGGCUAUUUUCUAUUGAUAAGAAGUAUUUUUUUGAGCUUGGAGCAUAUGAUCCUGGCCUUGAUGUUUGGGGAGGUGAAAAUAUGGAGAUCUCAUUCAAGGUUUGGAUGUGUGGCGGAGAAAUUGAGAUUAUCCCAUGUUCCCGAGUAGGUCAUAUUUUUAGGAAUGAUAACCCCUACUCCUUCCCUAAAGAUCGUCUCACUACAGUAGAGCGGAAUUUGGCCCGGGUGGCAGAAGUUUGGCUGGAUGAUUACAAAGAUCUUUUUUAUGGACAUGGUUAUCACCUCAUUCAGAAAAACUUGGACAUUGGAGAUUUAACUCAACAGAAGAAACUGAGGGAGCAGCUUCAGUGCAAGAACUUCAAGUGGUAUUUAGAAAACGUGUAUCCUGAUUUGGAGGCCCCUCUCGUUAAAGCUAAUGGGCUGAUUAUUAAUGUAGCAUUGGAUAAGUGCGCCACUGUGAAUCGAUCUAGUCUUACCCUUGAAACAUGUGAUAUUAAUAACAAGAACCAAAAGUUCAACUACACUUGGCUGAGGCUAAUCCAACACGAAGGCUCCUGCGUGGCACUUACUGAUGCCGAAGGGACCCUGGGUCUGCACCCUUGCGAUAAAAGAAACAAUAGCCAGAAAUGGUUGCAUAAAUCACUGGUCGCUUUUCACCCAGAACUCAUGGAUCACAUUGUUUUAGAGCACCUUUCAAGGGCUACAUGUUUGGAAAUAGAUCAGUCUCAGAAAGUUCUGAGGGCUAACAUUUGUUUUCCAAGCAAUACCCAUCAGAAGUGGCAAUUUGAAAAUUACUAUGCUAAGUGA